CGUACACUAGCAAGCAAAGGAGAGGAAGCUGUAAGCACAGGCAGGAUCACCUAGCUAAAGGCAGGAUCACACAGGCAGGAUCACCUAGCAUAGGCGAGAAUGGUUGCGUCGAGCGAGCUGAGGACGGUGUUCGCGACCAUGGACGCGGACGCGGACGGCCGGAUCUCGGCGGCGGAGCUGCAGGUGUGCAUGAGGGCGACGCUGGGGGAGAACGUGACAGCGGAGGAGGCCGAGGCGCUGGUGGCGUCGGCGGACGCGGACGGCGACGGGAUGCUGUGCGAGGCCGAGUUCCUGAAGCUGGCGCUGCACUGCGACUCCGAGGACGAGGACAGGACCAGGGGGCUGAGGCAGGCGUUCGGGAUGUACGAGAUGGAGGGAGAAGGGUGCAUCACGCCGGCGAGCCUCGGGCGGAUGCUCGGCAGGCUCGGGAACGAGCGAGGCAUCGGCGAGUGCCGCGCCAUGAUCUGCCGGUUUGAUUUGGAUGGGGAUGGCGUGCUCAGCUUCGACGAGUUCAAGAUCAUGAUGAGCGCCUGAAGGCCCUGAACUGGAACUGCUCAUUCGUUUAUUCAUGAGUUCCCUUUUAAAAUUUGGAUAUGAAGAAUGUCUUCGUUAAGCAGUACUUCACAUCUUUGUUGGUGUGUACUGUGUACAUAGCUCAUUCGUUCAUUCAUUCGUUCCUUUUUGAUAUGGCAGGUGUACAGCAUAUAGUACUGGAGUACUUGUAAUUGUAUCUAUUAAUUGGUAUUAAUACCCUGAUUUUGACU